CGAGACUGUCGAGUGGAAAGGUUAACAAACACGGAUAAAACGACUCAAACACCACAGCAACGAAUCGUUGUUGGAAACGUGAAAAAAAUUGUUACUGAACAACAAGUGUUGACUGAGAUUUAAUUCUAAUAAAUAUUGUUGGUGUCUAUAAAAGUACGAAACUAUUUUUUUCGUGUGCGACAACAUUCAAAAUCAAACGGUAGCGGUAAUUGCAAGCGACAGCAAGUGGGCAGCGCUUCAUGCAUUAGUGAAAAAGAAAAAAUAUUUUUAAAUACCAAAAGCAAAAAACAAUAACAUAAAAUUAAAUUUCGCAAGUGAAGUGCCGCGCAAGCGUAGAGUGUAAAUUCUAGCAGAUUUCCAGCCAGCAAAGGCACAGUGAAAGCAAACCUCUUUGUAAACAAAAGACUUAAGCGCCGAACGCGAUGACCACACAAGCGCACACAACGCCGAAGUUGAGCGCAGCAAGGAGCCAGCUGCUCGCGGCCUUGCUAAUAUUCGCCAGUCUGCUGGUCAGCCAGGUGGCAACACAAGAAGUAUCGACACAAAAUGAAUUUGCGCCACGCGUAACGGCGACAUGCAAAUCGGGCACAAUGAAUAUCAAAGUGAAAUUCAACGGUCCCUACACGGGUGCAGUGCAUGCGCGCGAUCAUCGCAAUGCGGCCUGCAUGGCCAUGGGCGACGGCUCCGAUGCGGUGGGCUUCAGCAUAAAUCUGUUGGCGAAGCAGGGUGCGCCCGAUUACUGCGGCGUGUUGGUCAGCAACCGUACCGAGGAGCGUUCGAUACAGCUGGCGGUGCGUGUACACAAAACGCUGGAAUUGGCGGAUGAUAAAUUUUAUGUGAUCACAUGCGGCAAAUCUGGUUUUGGACGCGAUGACAACUCUCAUGUAAUUUUGAAGUUCUUCGACAAUGAGCGCCGCGUACGCGAAACGGUUUAUGGACACGAGUAUAAAAUACGCGCAGAAUUAACGAAGCCAAAUGGCACCUAUGGCGUACGCGUGGCCAACUGUUUUGCGUUUGACAAGAAGAAUGUUACCAUUCAGUUGAUCGAUGAGAGAGGCUGCCCGAAGGAUGAUAACAUCAUUUCCCGUUUUGUGCCAAGCGCGGAUGGACACAGCGCAGAAGCGACACUUAAGUCUAUGUUCAAGUUCCCAGAAGACUCUGAGGUGCACUUGCAGUGCGAUGUGAUUCAAUGUUAUGGACGUUGCAUGGAUGAUGAAGAUUGCAAACAAAUCGCUUUGGCUGGUGCGGGUGCGGUUGGUUUUAGCAAAGGUGGCAACGCUAAAUUGGGUCCAAAUGAAGAGGGUUCCUUAGCGGGCACCACUGUGUUUGUGCUGGAUCCUUCGCAGGCGCCAUUGGUCACCAGCACAUGUGAGGACACCAUCAACCCACCAUGGCUGCUCUGGCUGGCCAUUACUCUCGGCGUACUCUUCCUCAUCAUGUUGUUGAUGAACAUUUUCCUUUGCACCGCGAUGAGUUGUAGUUGUGCGAACACAGAGAUCAUCGAAAAAGAACCAUCUAUCAUUGAAGAAUACGAUCCGUACAGAAGUUGGCACGGUAGCCAGUAUGGAUCGCGUUACUCACUGCAUGGGCGUGAUGCGCAUAAAGGCUACACAAGCGGUGGCUCGACGAUACACUCGAAUAGGUCUGAUAGAUACUAAGUUCGCUCAAAGAACCAUUUAUUUUUACAAAAACAAAAUUACAACAAAAACAAAAUAAUAAUGCAUUAAAUUAUGUAUGUAUAUGUUUAUGUGCUAGUAUGUGUUAGAUAACACGAGCAGACAAAGGCAACAACAAAAUCAACAAAAACAAAACAACGAGGAGUUGACAAGUGCAUGCCAGAACACAAAUUUCAAAAAUUUCGGAAAUUUAAAAAAAAAAUUAAUUAACUUUAUUUUUUUGUUUUGAUAAUUUUUAUUUUAAUGGUUUUUUUAUAUAUAUUUUUUGGAAAUUUUGAAAAAAAAUUAAGUUUUGCUUUUUUAAAUGAUUUUUUUUUUAAUAGUUCUUUUUUAUAAUUUUUUUUAAAUAAUUAUUUAUUAUUAAACUGUAUUUAAUUUUUUUUUAAGUUUUUUAUUUAUUUUUAAAUAUAUUUAUUUCAUUUUUUUCUGCAAAUUUUGAAAAACAAAUUAAGUAACUUGUAUUCAUAUUUUUUUUAUAUAAAUAAUUAUUUAUUAUUUAACUGUGUUUAAUUUUUUUGUUUUUAUAUUUUUUCAUAUCGUUUUUGUAUUAUUUUUAACAAUUUGUUUGUUUUUUUUUAAUUUUUAAAAUUUUUUUUUUCAUUUUUAAUUUAUAAUUUAUUGUUAUUAAAAAAUUGUCACUGCCAUUUGGGCCACCGACAAGCAACACAUAUACGAAAUACCACAGAGUACAGUGAAUACUACAAAAUCAAAUACGCCACAAUGUAUGUUUAGUUGUAUGUGUAUGUGGAUGUGUUAAUAAUGAUGUAAUAUGUAACUGUUUAACAACUACCAUAAUUUUAGAGUACAAAUACUAAUGUAAAAUCAAAACAAGAAAUCUGGCAACUAUUAAGAGUUGUGCUGUAACUAACCAACGGGCACAUAUUUGAAUAUUUUUCACUCAAAUUGUUUUCGCUCAAAAUAGUUUACACUCAAAAUGUAACUAUAGCUAUAAUGUACACAAAACUUUCUGCAACUCAACUCGAAAAAACUGUAAUUUUUCCAUAUUUGUUAGUAAAUUAUAUUUUAUUUCUAAUUUUAUUUUUAAACUCGUAAAAAAAUAUUAUACUAAAGUGGUAGACACACUUUACACGCCCACUGUACUGUCACUCAAUUAUUUGUUUCACUUGUCCAUUACUAAAACUGUCUGUUAACAAUUUUGUUUUUACUCCUUGAAAACUUUGUGCGAACAAUUUACAAUAACAACAAAUAGUUCUUUUAAAAAUUGUGUAUUCUUGAAGGUCGAUUCCCAUUGAUAACGACAAUUACGCAAUUGUACAUUCACGUCCCGGCUCUAGACAAACCGGACACGCGCAAGGACACCGCUCCCGCGGACCACCCAGUAAUAUGUAACACAAAUAAUGAAAAUAAUAAUUAUUAUAAUGCUAAUAACACUUACUAUUAAGUACAAUUCUAAGAUUUUUUGUUGGAAAGUAAAAUUAAUUACUUAAAAAAAUCAAAGAAAAUUGUAAAUAAGCUAGUUUCAGCGCUCUAACCUCAAACUCUACACACGCAUUCAUUUUGGCCUUGAACGCUUUACGAUAUUAACGAGUGCACUCAAGCUUUACGGAGCGGCAACGCUCUCAAUGCUUUGAGUGUGAAUUAAUUUUCAUCCAAAAACAAUUAAAAGCAACUUAAACCCCGUUACUUUUCCAUAUUAAUAAUACAUUUUCGAAAUUCAAACUUUUGCACUGCACUAUAACUUCUAUGUCCUCGAAAAAUAGCAAAAAAAAAAACAAAUAAACUCAAAUCUGUCUCAAUA